AUGGAUACGACGUUGUUUGGGGUAGUGAGAUUCCAACAUCAACUCCAACCUCAAGCUCAAGGACAAGCUCAAGGUGAUCAAGAUCAAUCCCUCAACAACUCCACCACCAGUAGCAGCUCUCGAUCCUCCAGACAGCAAAACUAUCCCUACCCACCACAAGAAGACGAAGAAUGCUUCAACUUUUUCAUGGAUGAAGAAGACCUAUCCUCGUCUUCUUCCAAGCACUACUAUCCCUAUCAACCCCACCCUCCCUCCACUACACCCACCACCACCCCCACCACCACCGACCUCUCCUUCUCUCCCACACGCGACGCUGCCUUCCCUUUCCACCUCUCCGGCAAGUGGUCCCACGACAUCCUCCUCGAAACCGCACGUGCCCUCUCCGACAAGAACACCACGCGCCUCCAACAACUCAUGUGGAUGCUCAACGAACUCGCCUCCCCCUACGGCGACAUCGACCAGAAACUCGCCUCAUACUUCCUCCAAGCCUUCUUCAGCCGCAUCACCCAAGCCGGGGACCGAACCUACCGAACCUUAGCCUCGGCCUCCGAGAAAACAUGCUCCUUCGAAUCCACGCGCAAGACCGUGCUGAAGUUCCAAGAGGUUAGUCCCUGGACAACGUUCGGCCACGUGGCGUCCAAUGGCGCCAUCUUGGAAGCCUUGGAAGGAGAGCCCAAACUACACAUAGUUGACAUCAGCAACACCUAUUGCACCCAAUGGCCUACGCUCUUCGAAGCCUUGGCCACUCGAAACGACGACACUCCGCACCUCCGUCUAACCUCCCUCGUCACCGCCGCCUCUGCGCACAAGGUCAUGAAGGAAAUCGGCGCCAGAAUGGAGAAAUUCGCCAGACUCAUGGGCGUGCCCUUUCAAUUCAAAGUCGUUCAUCACUUAGGUCACCUUUCGGACUUCGAUUUCAACGUGUUGGAUAUUAAACAAGACGAGGCCUUGGCUAUUAACUGCGUCAACACUUUGCAUUCGAUAUCCGCCGUCGGGAGCCACCGCGACGCCGUGAUAUCCGCGUUAAGGAGGCUGCAGCCGAGGAUCGUGACGGUGGUGGAGGAGGAGGCGGACUUGGACGUGGGAUUGCAGGGUCUGGAGGGGUUGGAAUUCGUGAAGGGGUUUGAAGAGUGUUUGAGGUGGUUUAGGGUUUACUUCGAAGCGUUGGAGGAGAGCUUUCCGCGGACGAGCAACGAGCGGUUGAUGCUGGAGCGGGCUGCGGGAAGGGCGGUGGUAGACCUGGUCGCUUGUUCGACGGAGGAGUCGGUGGAACGGCGGGAGAGGGCGGGGCGGUGGACGAGGAGGAUGCAUGGAGGGGGCUUCAAUGCGGUGGCGUUUAGCGAAGAGGUUUGUGAUGAUGUGCGGGCGUUGUUGAGGAGGUAUAGGGAGGGGUGGGCAAUGGCACAGUGCUCCGACGCCGGAAUAUUCCUUUCGUGGAAGGAGCAGCCGGUGGUGUGGGCCAGUGCAUGGAGGGCCUUGACGUAG